GCUCCAGGGCGGAGCUGAGUCAGAGAUGUCGGCCGCCGCUGGCGGGGAAGCCCCCGGGCCACCGAGCGGCUUCGCCAAACGAGUCCUGGUCACGGGCGGUGCCGGCUUCAUUGCAUCACAUGUGAUAGUCUCUCUAGUAGAAGAUUAUCCAGACUAUAUGAUCAUAAAUCUUGACAAGCUGGACUACUGUGCAAGCCUGAAGAACCUUGAAACCAUUUCUAAUAAACAAAACUACAAGUUUAUAGAGGGUGACAUUUGUGAACCUCACUUCAUAAAAUGGCUUUUUGAAACUGAGAAGGUAGAUAUAGUACUACAUUUUGCAGCUCAAACACAUGUAGAUCUUUCAUUUGUCCAUGCCUUGGAGUUUACUUAUGUCAAUGUUUAUGGUACCCAUGUGUUGGUGAGUGCUGCUUAUGAAGCCAGAGUAGAGAAAUUCAUUUAUGUGAGCACUGAUGAAGUAUAUGGAGGUAGCCUUGAUGAGGAAUUUGAUGAGUCUUCACCAAAACAACCUACAAAUCCUUAUGCAUCAUCUAAAGCAGCUGCAGAAUGUUUUGUACAGUCUUACUGGGAACAGUAUAAGUUUCCAGUUGUUAUCACAAGGAGCAGUAAUGUUUAUGGACCACAUCAAUAUCCAGAAAAGGUUAUUCCAAAAUUUAUAUCUUUAUUGCAACACAACAGAAAAUGUUGCAUUCAUGGUUCAGGACUCCAAAAAAGAAAUUUCCUUUAUGCUGCUGAUGUAGUAGAAGCUUUUCUCACUGUUCUAAAGAAAGGGAAACCAGGUGAAAUUUAUAACAUAGGAACCAAUUUUGAGAUGUCAAUUGCACAACUUGCCAAAGAAUUGAUACAAUUGAUCAAAGAGACCAAUUCAGAGUCUGAAAUGGAAAAUUGGGUUGAUUAUGUUGAUGAUAGACCUUCCAAUGACAUGAGAUAUCCUAUGAAAUCAGAAAAAAUGCAUGGUUUGGGAUGGAGACCUAAAGUUCCCUGGAAAGAAGGAAUAAAGAAA